AUGUUAGCUAUACAAUAAGCUUUAUCCACUUAAAGUCGUAAAAACUCAUGGCUACCAUUAUUUUGAUUUGAUUAGUUGAUAAAUACAAUGUAUGCUAAGUCGAUUUAGCUAGAUUUUAUGACCAAACUAACGUUCCCAAUGAAUAAGUUACCUGCUCCAAUGACAUAUUGCGCGUUUUUUCUUCUUUUAAGUUUUCUGGCGGGUAGUACUAACAGAGUAUAGAUGAACGCCACCUAUUGUACCAGUGGUCAGUCUGAAGGUUUGGGAGGCGGGGGGAGUAGUUGGAGGAGGCGGGAAGGAGUUGGAGGCGAGGUGUCCUCAGUCCGCCGUCAGACCCCUCGCAACCAAUCAGUAGGAAGAGCCAGCACAUGCGCAUCAGCAGCGGCUUCCGGCAAGUUUGAGUCGGAGGAGCGCGAAACUGCGGAGACGAAGCAGACCGACGGUUGGAAAUUGACACUAAGGACACUAGCUCUGGAGGAAUAAUCUACAGGAUAUGUGGGACUGACUGGACACCUUCCCAUUGGUGUUCUCCUCGCAUACGUACAUGUAAUUCGUAUAACUUCACCGCUGUGUGUGGGAACCGGUGCAGAAAUGUUGGACGGGGGUCGGUUUGUGGAGGCGGUGGCCAGGCUGGGCUACCCGGGCGCCUCCGCGCUCAAGGGCGAGGAUUUUGACUGGCUGUUCGACACGCCCGAGCACCAGCACUUCCUGCGCUUCCUAUGCAACACCGUGAACGAGAACAACGUGCUAACCGCGGAGGAGGUGCGCUCGUUCCGCGCCUUGCGCGACUGCGGGAAGCCCCUGCUGGACGAGGCCGAGCUCGCGGAGGCUCUCCGGGCGUGCCGGGUCGCCCCGGCGCACGGGGCCCCGUCGCUCACGCGGCUGGAGGAGACGGACGUGUCGCAGCUGGAGGAGGAGCUCCAGGCCCUGCGCCGCGAGAAGAGGCUGAAGACGCAGCGGCUGAGGAGGCUUCAGGUCCUGGCCACCGCCCGCUCCGACACCGCCCUGCGCCUGGCCUCGCGGCGAGAGGACGCCGCCGCCGGGAUGAGGGACGACCUCGCCGCCCUGGGGGCCGAAAACGCCGAAACCAACGGCGCGCUGCAGGCGCUGGCCGACGAGGUGAAGGGGCUGGCCGGCUUCCUCCGCGUGGAGGCCCCGCCGCAGGGCGGUGACGGGGCCGAGCCCGCCCCAGCCCCGCUCCUCUCGCAGGGAGGCCCGGCGCCCGUCUUCCUCUCCCAGCUCUCCCUGGAGCCCUACCUGCGCCAGGAGGAGAGCAACACCAAGACCCUGGCCCUCUACACCCAGAAGCAGUUCUUCACGGGCAUCACGGACAUGGUGGAGACCUCCAGCCGGGCGAACUUCCCGCUGGUGGACCCCGGCGGCCGCGCGCAGGAGGACGAGGGCGCGGUGGAGGCCCGACGCACGGAGAUGGCCCGGCUGCAGUGGGCCCACAUCGUGGCCCGGCACCAGCUGCUCCACGCCCAGGCCCAGGAGCAGGGAGCCAGGGCCGGCCUGCAGUGGAUCACCCAGACCCUGCGUGGGAAGGCCAAGCCGUGUGCGUCGGCGCAGGCUCUCCAGAUGCGCGAGGCGGGCUUCCGGCAGGACCUGCGGGCGGUGGAGGGCGAGCUGGAGGCCCUGGGGCGCGCGGCGGUGCCGGCGGCGGUCAGGGAGAGCGCGCGGCUCCUGAACGUGCCCGUGGUGCGCGGGGACCUGCAGCUGCAGCUGGCGCGCCAGCGCUACUACACGGCGCGGCAGGACCGCGUGUGCGCCUGCCUGCUGCGGCAGAAGGCCUCCUUCGAGCUGCUGCGCCUGGCCCAGGAGCUGGAGCUGCGGGAGGGCGGCCGUCUGCGGGGGCGGCUGGAGGAGCUGGGCGGCACGCUGGGGCGCUGCGACGCCUCCCUCAGGCGGCGGCUCCACGCCUUCGCCCAGCCCGAGCUCGGACUCGCCCACGCCGCCCGGCCCUGCAGCAUCAUCGGCACCAGGGACCCCGCCUUCAGCAGGCUGUGUAAAGCCCUGGAGCGGGACGGGGAGGUGGCGGGGGGGCGGGAAGAGCCCUUCAGGACGUACGAGGGGCUGGAGCGCGCGGCGCGGGGGCGGCGGGAGGCUCUGCGUUCGGCCCGGGAGGCGCUGGCCGGGGCGGGCCGGGACCAGGCGGCCGCGGCGGCCCGUCUGGAGGCCGACCGAGACUCUCUGCACGGGGCGGCGUACUCUGGGCUGCAGCAUCUGGUGCUGACGCCGCAGGUAUGUGCCACGCCCGCCCAGGAGCUCUGCCCAAACUCGCAGGAGCUGAGGGGGCACUUGCAGCACCUGGAGGCGGAGCUCGGCAGCCUCAAUAACCUGAUGAAGGACAUGGUGGGGGAGAUCCGGGGCAAGAGGGCCCAGCUGGAGCACAACCGCACCCUGAGGCGGGAGCGCGACCUCUACGUCUACUUCCACCUGGACGACAAGCUGCUGAAGAGGGUGGUGCAGGACCUGGAGGGCAGGGUCUGCGGGAAGGGGGAGCGCUCCUAGGGGCCCCUGGGGCACGCCGGUGGGCCCCUCCUGUCACGUGGGCCGUGGGAGGCCCCAGAAGAGUUUUGGCUGCUUCACAUGAGCUCUUCUGUAGGAGCAGCCUAGACACACCCUUCCUCCACCGGCUUAUGGGACGUCGGCUUAGGUUUGGUUUCUUUGUUGAAUCCAAACUGGGGUAACUGUGCUUGAAGACCUUGGGCUGGAUAGCUGAUGGCCAGGUGGCUGUGUGUGUGUGUGUGUCACAAUAAAGUCUUUAAGCAGUUCACCCCAGUGGUUUUUGUGGAAAUCCCAACAGGUCUGACUGGAGUGCCAUGUAUCCCACUGCAGAGUUUCCCUUCAGUGCAUCCUCUGACUUUUUCUCCAGCAAUGCUCUUCUGCAACUCAAAGGAUCGUGUGGACUGACUUUAUAUGGCUCUUAUCUCAUAUUUCUUGAGGCUGUUCAUCAGUGGAGGUUUCUUGUUCAGAUAAUCUCCACUCUUGGGUUUCGGAUAUCACACUUACUUUCCCCGUACUGAUAACAGUUUUUAUACCGUUUUUUCUUUGUACAACGUUGUUGCUAUCAAAAUAUUAUUUUUGUGUUAGUCUGAUGCAAGUUAAUCCGACCAAUAACUGACUUCUAAGGGUACCUGGUCCUUGGCUUAUGAAAUGAGCCUUAGGUCUUAGCAUAUGGACGUAAGCGUAGCAUCCAUUACAUGUAUAUCAUUGUUGUAUGUAUGUAUGUAAUUGUUGAUGCCUUAAAUUGUCAUUACUGCAUAAACCAAUAUUUUAAACUAACUUUAAAAUCUAUUUUUUCUGUAAAAAUGACAUUUGUGGGAUGAAAUGAAAUGUCCUUAUCAAAAUGUAUUUGCAUUUUAACAUGCAUUUUAACACUUUUUGUGUGUGAUUUUGCAAUUAAAAUGUAAUGUGACCUCUAGGACCCAGCCUUGCUGAUCCCAUGCUCUCUGUGGUCAGUUGAUACUGACAGUUUGUCAGUUGAUUGGAGUGCCACAACUAGCAUUCCAUUUCCUUUUCUUUUUAUGACAUUUUCCUUUGUGAUAUUUGCAUCAACUUUCGUGAGAAAACAAGAUUUGAAUAAAAUGCUAGCCUUUUUGUUGUAUUAGUCGAUUUAACAGACGUUAACAUUGUCAUUGCUUGUGUGGGUUCAUACAUUUUGCAUCAGUUAUGGUGUGGAUUCAUCAUCCAUCACUGGAAAGGUUUACUUGAACUGUCCCACCCCUAGUUGAAAGGCCCUUGGCGCCACUGUCUGUGUCCUUCAUUGAGAGCCUUCCCUUCA